UGUUUUACUUAUUUUUCAUUAGACCAUCCGGAAAUUCCAAGUAGAAUGGGAACAAUUAAUAAUGUGAAAAAAUUUGAUGCUGAAUUCUUCGGUUUUUCUUUCGAGCAAGCACAUACACUCACUCCCGAAAUAAGAUUGUUACUGGAACAUUCUUAUGAAGCAAUUAUCGAUGCAGGAAUCAAUCCAAAGCAAUUACGAGGAAAAGAUACUGCUGUAAUUGUGGCGUCAUCUUAUGUUGAAUUGCAAAAUAUAUUUUUAUAUAAAACUACUCAGUUAAAAGGUCACAAUCUUAUUGGAUGUAACAAAUCUGCACUCGCAAACAUGAUUUCAUACCAUUUUGAUCUAAAAGGACCAUCAUAUGUUGUCGAUACAGCAUGCAGUUCUAGCCUUUAUGCCUUGGCCGCUGGUUAUGAUUGUAUCAUGUCGGGCAUAUGCGAAGACGCAAUAAUUGGAACAGCAAAUAUAUGUUUUACUGCCGUUGUAAACCUACAAUUUUCUCGGCUUGGUAUUUUUUAAAAGUUUAAAAUAAUUUAAUUUUAAAAUAAUAAAUUUCUUAAU